UAUCGCCAGUUAGUCUCAUAAACGAAUGUAUAUAUCCUAUAUUUGAAGAAUCCGAUACAUGGUUUCUGCAUCCAGAAAACAUUUUUUUUUUUCUUUCAUCUAAACACAUACAAUUCAGCGGCCCGUAAAAUAUGGAAAACGCUUUCUGGGUUUCCUUUGUUGCAUUGAUUUUCUCGACCGGAUGUGUAGCUCAAUAUAUUGUUGAGACUCUUCCAGGCUAUCCUGGGAAGCUUCCCUUCAAACUAGAGACCGGAUAUGUGAGUGUAGGAGAAUUGGAGGAAGUGGAGUUAUUUUAUUACUUUAUCGAGUCAGAAAGAAACCCAGUGAGGGAUCCUUUGCUGCUAUGGCUUACUGGAGGCCCUGGUUGUUCUGGUUUCUCUGGUCUUGCAUUUGAAGUGGGUCCACUACUUUAUGACUACCGGGCUUUCAAUGGAAGCUUGCCAACGUUUGUAGAUAAUCCAUAUUCAUGGACUCAGAUUGCGAACAUGAUAUUUUUGGACGCACCGGUUGGCACUGGCUUCUCCUACUCCACAAUCCAGAAAGGAUGGCAUUCUUCUGACACACUUUCAGCAGAAGCAAUCUACAAAUUUAUAAGGAAGUGGAUCCUAAAGCAUCCCAAUUUUAGCAACAAUCCUCUUUACAUAACUGGCGAUUCCUAUUCAGGCGUGAUUGUUCCCAUGGUUUCCCUGGAAAUAGCAAAGGGAAACAGGGCUAAAAAAUACCCAAUGUUGAAUCUGCAGGGUUAUACGCUUGGCAACCCGGUAACAGAUUUACACGAUGACGAGAAUUCAAGAGUCGAAUAUUUUUACCGGGUGGGACUUAUAUCAACUGAACUUUAUCAGUCAGUCAAAUCGAGUUGUCAGGGGGAAUAUAUUUCACCAGAUAUCCAUAACGCUAAGUGCUUCGACGAUAUUGCACAAAUAGCAAUGUGCACUAUAAAAGUGAACGACGCACAGAUUUUGGAACCCAAGUGCAGUUUUGCAUCUCCGAAGCCUCAUGGUCUUCACUGGGGACGUAGGUUUUUUGACGAUCUUCCCAUUGAUAUAGCCUUGGCAACAAAUAAACGAGAAGAGAAUUGGUGUAGGAAUUCCCACUACGUGCUCUCAUACAUAUGGGCAAACGAUCAAACUGUUCAGCAAGCUCUUCAUGUCAGAAAUGGAACUAUAAUUGAUUGGAAGAGAUGCAACAAGACGUUGGAUUACGAUAGUGAUGUCUUGAGCACUGUAUAUUGUCACAGAACCUUAAUGGCGAUGGGUUAUCGAGCUUUGAUAUACAGUGGCGAUCAUGACAUGCUGAUUCCAUACACGGGCACAGUUUAUUGGAUCAAGACUCUCAAUUUGACUGUCAGUGAUGCCUGGAGACCAUGGUUCGUUGGGGGUCAAAUUGCUGGAUUCACAACGAAGUUUUCGGAAGCUGCUACUAUUGGGGACGGUCUGGUUUUUGCCACUGUUAAGGGAGGGGGUCAUACAGCUCCAGAAUACAAGCCCAAGGAGUGUCUUGAAAUGGCUGAUAGGUGGCUCUCUUAUUACUUUCUCUAGAGUAAAUCUGAUUGUAUUUCCAGAUAUAUCUUAGAGAAAUUACCCCUAUAAUUAUGUAUUAUACACAUUAAAUAUAUAAUUAUUAUAACUCUCUUUGAAGUGUUCGAUUAGAAAGUAAUAAAAUACCAACUUAGUUAAGUGUUCA